CGGCGGGGCGGGAAUCCCAGGGAGCGUCGGGGAGGCGCCUGCCUUUAAUGGGCGCGAUGCAAUAACAUGAGCCCAAAGCGGGCGAGAGACGGGCAGCGCAGCUGUCGGGGCAGCGCUCCCUGCUCCUUCGGGCACCGGCCGGGCAGCGCGGGGCGGGCGUCCCGCUGGCAAGAGGCCGGCGGCGAGCCGACUGAUCCCGCCCGAGGGGCUCCUGUGUCAGCGGCGGCUAAGCAAACACAGAUGGGUCUCUCGGCCGCCGCGGCGCGCAUUCCGCAGCGAGGCUGGCGGCGCGUCGGGGACUCCAGAUGACGCGCUGAUCCCACAGCCCGGCUGGCCAGGGUAGCGGCGGCAGCGUCGCCGGGCAGAGCGCGAGGCCGGGCGCCGGGCGCGGAGAGGCGGCUCCCGCCAUGAGGAACCUGCCGCUGGCCGGCGACGAGGAGCGCUGGGGCCGCCUCUGCCUCAAGGAGCUCGGCGGCAUCCAGAAGCUCCACAGGAAGCGGGGCAAAGAGCCCGCCAAGCAGCGCCUCAGCGGCGGACGGAGCUCCCGCGCGGCCUCGGCGGGCGCUCCGGACGGGGCCCCCGAAGCCGGCGGCGGCGAGGCGGGCGCUGAGGCGGGGAAAGGCGCCUUCCCCGCGGGGCUGCUGGCGCCUCAGCCGCGCGCGUCGAGGAAAGACGUCGAGGGGCCGCUCCGCCAGGCUUUCGCCGACCCCCGGGUUAUGGCGUGCCGGCCGCUCGAGAGCCCCUUCCCGCCCCUUUCGCGCGUCCCGGCUUGCGGCGGCGGCGGCGGCGAGGCGUCCCUGUCGCCCGGGCGGCGGGCGGGCGAGGCGGCGGGAGCGUCCCCGGAGAUCCGCGCCAUCCAGCAGACGAGGCGGCUGCUGGCCAACGCCCGCGAGAGGACCCGCGUGCACACCAUCAGCGCCGCCUUCGAGGCUCUGAGGAAACAGGGUUCCAGAUGUGUGUCUGCCCUCCCAUUCAUUCAUCUGGGCCCCUGGAGGGGGAAAUUACUUUCAAAGGAAACCUGAAGUAAAAAACCCAACACCCACCAGGUAGGAACAGGUUAAGUAUCUCUUCACUGCUCUGGAUUUCUCCCUCCCAGUAUAAAGAAAAACUCACAAGAAAAAGUAAUAAUAAUUACUUUUUAUGUUAGAGGAGCAGAACCAAGUUA